AUGGGAACAAAUAAUUCUUUCAUCACUUCCAUUAUUAAAAAAUUUUCAAUUCUAUUUUCAAUUCGCUUGUUAUGAUUAUCAAUUGCAUCAAGUUAAACAAGUCAUAGCAUCGUUCUCUACACCAUUCUAUGUACUUGAAAAGAAUUGGUUUAUUCAUUGUGAUUUAUCUGCUCGUUGUGAUACAUAUGACAUGUAUAACAGACGUCGAAAAUUUGCAAUUCUUUAUACAAUACCAUUUCCUUUUGAAACAUUAACAAUUUUUAAAAAUUCUUCAAAAACAAUGAUUUCAAAUUGGUCGAAAAAUAAUAUUGAUCAUCUAAGUAUCAAUACAUACAAAAAUAUUAAAACAUUAAUAUUUAAAAGUUAUACAAAACCUGAUCAAAAUUUUAAUAGAAGUCAUAUAAUGAAUUUGAUAAUUAAUACAUCUUUCGAUUCAUUAGAUUGGGCACAUGUCUUGACUAAAUUACGACAUUUAACUAUUGAUGAUUGUGCAGUACUAUCAAUGGAAAAUUUUAAUAUUUUAUUAGAUAAUACACCAUAUUUAUAUUCAUUAACUGCGAAAAAGAGUAUGAUGAAACUAUUGACAGAUAAUUGGACUGAUAUAUGUAUAUGUAAUCAUCUAUCACGAAAGAUUCGUUCGUUAACUUUUUAUUCAAACAAAAAUUCAUUACAAUAUUUUAAUAAAAAUGAACUUGAGAAAAUUUUACCAAUUUUUUCUUCAAAAUGUCAACAUUUAUCAUUAGGUGUUCAUUCAAGAAAUAACACUAUCGAUUUUAUUUUACGUAAGAUGCUUCAAUUGAAUAGUCUACAUGUACAUAUUCAACAAAAAAAUUCUUCACCACCUGCUGUAGAAUGGUUAGAACAACAACAUACUCGACUUAAUCAUUUCAAUUGUAUUAUUAUUAAUGAUAAACAAGAUCAUUAUUUUUGGUUAGGAUAA